UACUGUUGGCAACAAACGCUUCUCUCUCUUGUAAAGGGUGUUACGUUAAAUUGUCAGUUUUAUUUAAUAAAAUGUGUAUAAAGGAGCAUAAAGCUCAUAUUAAUAUCUAAUUCAUAAAUAUUUAAUUAUGCUUUAUUUCUAUAUACAUUCAGUAUUUGUAAUAAAUAUAUGACGACGUGCUAAGUUACAUUAAUUAACAUUUUUGUUAAGUCGUUUGAAACAUUUGUGAAUUUAUCGUCUGUAUAACCUGAGAAAAAGUCUAUAGUAUGUCAGUCGAGCCAAGUAUUCCUUUACCAUUAGAUCCUCUACCACCACCCGAGGCUGAUGAUAAGAGACUGUGGAUUGGAAACAUUGACAGCCGACUAACAGAAUACAGUCUGUUGAAAAUUGUGCAGCAGUUUGGCCAAAUAAAGAAAUUUGACUUUCUCUUUCAUAAAUCUGGAGUUCUGAAAGGACAACCUAGAGGUUAUAGUUUCGUGACAUAUGAAACUAGGGAACAGGCAGAAAAAGCAUUAGUAUCAUUGAAUGGAAAGCGGGCUCUUGAUAAAAAUUUAGUGGUCAAAUGGGCUCAUACUGUCCCUUCAGAAGCUCCUGUAAAGAAAAUAGGACAAUCAUUAGCUUCUUCUGAUGAGACAAAACAAACAAAAAAUAUUGUUCAUCAGAUAUUAGCAAUUGAAGCAAAGCUAAAGGCCAUGGAAGCACAAAGAGAUAAAGAGUUAGAAAUGUGCCUUUCUGCUAUACCAGCUCGUGGAGACAAUCCUGUAUUAGCAUUAAAAAAGAGUGUUACUUCACAUCAUAAACCAAGAAGUGUACCAUACAACCGACAUGAACGCAAAAAUUUUAAUGUUCAUAAAAGCUAGCUUCCUUAAAAUGCAACUUCCUAGAGGUAUAUGGAGUACUCUUGGGAAGGGAGAAAGUAAGAGAAUCUGGAUUCUGGCAUAGUCUCAUCUCGAGUGACUGAAACUAAAUGAUUUUGUCAUGAACAAUAGUAAUAAGAAUAUUCAUGCUCAAAAUGAUGUAAUAAUCAAAGUUCUAUAAUAGUAAGAAGAAAAAAAUUGUAGUUGAAUGGAUAAGUAACUGAGAUAUUUUAUAAGAAUUAUAUAUUAUACAUAACUGUGAAAAAGGUCGUAUGAUAAAGAGAUUUGACUGUAUAUUGAUAUAAUUUUUCAGAAAAUUUCAUAGGUUAAUCAAAGCAUUAAAAAAUAUAAUAUUACUGUAAAUGCAUGAAUUUUAACAAUUUUUAAAAAUUUCUUUAAAUAUGGCAGUCUAUAACAGUGUUUCUUAACCUAUUUCUUAUGGUACAAAAUUGCAUGAUGCAAAGCUUCAUAAGACAUAUCACAAGGUUUUCAUAUUUAAACAUGCAUGUCAUAUGAUUAAGGAAAUUUUACACACUAACAUACUGCAUAUCUACCAUAAGGAUACUAAUUCAUUUUCUUUUGAGAUGGUGUAGGGUUUUAUGACAGACGCGAAGUAAAUUAUUGCUAAAUCUGAAACAAUGAUGAAGUUGUGAGAGAGUAAAAAAUAACAUUUUUAUAUAAACAGAAUUUAGAACAUAUAGACACCCUCCUGUGCUACAAUAUAAGUCACAAUAUGAAGUGAUGCAACUAAAUGGAACAGUCAAAGACUACACAUUAAAUUACUAUACUAGAAGCUGGCUCACUACUCUACCAUAGCAUCAGAAUUUAAGUAUCGGCAGCAAUAAAAUGAAAGGAUGAAUAAUUACAACUAUUAGAUUUGGCAGGAAACUAACAACCACAGUGCAUACAUGAUGCCAGAAACAUGCUUCAUCUUAUAAACCCAAAACCACAGUAUUAAAUACUGGCUACUCAUUGCAUUUUAGUGAGGAAUAAGAAAAGGAAAAGUUUUAGUAAAGGCUGAAAUUGUAAAUAACUGGUUAAUUAAUAUAAAAUUCCCUACAGCGGGCUGUACUAAACUGUCAGGAUCAGCAACAAUGUUUAGUUAAUCAUUUUGAUUACCUGAACAUGGAGUGAUUGCAAAUUGUCAGCACCUGUGAAGUGUUUAAUUAUUAGUUUACUGUUUUCUUAAAAUUAAAAUUACUACAACCCUUCUUUUGGCAAACAGGGGGGGGGGUUAACAAAAUUGUUAAUUGAGUAAUGCUGUUGAUGCGUGCUAUAAAAAUCUCUUGAGUCCUAAAGAAAUUUUUCCAGAUAUUUUUGGGGAGCUUAUAAAACAUAUUCACAUAAAAGCUAGCAGGCAUAGUCUUUAUCCUACAUACAUUUUACUUUGAAAACCUAUUUAACUGGUUUAAUUUAUUAAAAUAAUUGUUUUGAAUACACCAUUGGUUAUAAAUACAGAGUAAAAGGAAAUAAUCUUGUAGUUGAAAAUAUCGUAACCUCUAAAAAUUUAAAUUGUGUGAAAAUGAAUCCUUGUAUUAUAUAAAAAAUUCUUUUAAAGUUUAGAAACUGCAAGUUUGGAUUUUCUUAUGUUAGGAAAGAAUGAAAGUGCAAUGAUUUAUUACUUUAAAGCGCCAGAAUAGAAAGUCUGGUACACAAUCAAACGGUUCUAAGAGUUUGGCUUUUGGCUAUGAUGGGAACAGACCCAGAGGAGGAGGAAGCAAAUGGGAAACUGGAAAAUUACCUGAAAAAUGGGGGAGGGGCAGGAAACUCUCAAGAAUUUUGUGAGAAAAACUGCUUUUCAACAUUAAAAAAAAAAAAUUAUAUAUAUAUACAGCAAUGAGUUUAUCCAGACCCCCCCUUCCAAAAAAAAAAAAAAAAAAAAAA